AUGACCGCAACCUACGCUAGCUUGUCCGUCUGGCACUGGCAGGGGCAAAGGAGUAAUAGAAAUCACAGCCGAGCAACAAUAGUGAUUGAAGAGAGACAGAGAGAGACUAGGCUGUGGAGUCGGGAGAGAGUAGCGGUCUUUCUCUUCUUCACAGUUCACAGCACAAACCUUCCCAGCCAGCGGACAAACUUCACCGAAGCCGUGAGAGUGAGAGGAACAAGAGGUACCCACGUGGACUAAUUGAUAAUUUGAUACUCGCAUCAUUUUACACGGUAGUACUACUACAAGAGCCACAAUGGAAUGCACCGAAGCAAAAUUCAAUGUGAUAACUGAGAUGCUCGGGGUGAAGAGAAGUCAGUAGAGAGCUAAGUUAACAGCGGUUUUCAGUGACUUUCAACUAAGUGACUUGUGGGAAGUAAGGAGGUGAUUUUCGAGUGGUUUAUCAACACUGGAUUUGUCUAAUGUGAGACUAAAAUCAAGCAGGGUUGAAGUAUAAUAAUAACAAAGAGAGUAUAAAAUGUCUACGUGGGAACAUUUUGGGGAAAUUGCAAAUGUUGCUCAGCUCACUGGUGUUGAUGCGGUGAGGCUGAUUGGGAUGAUAGUGCAGGCCGCUAAUACAGCUCGGAUGCACAAGAAAAAUUGCAGGCAGUUUGCAAUGCAUCUGAAGUUGAUUGGGAAUUUGUUAGAGCAGCUAAAGAUUUCUGAGCUUAAGAAGUAUCCAGAAACACGAGAGCCAUUGGAACAGCUAGAGGAUGCUUUGAGGAGAUCGUACAUUUUGGUGAAUAGUUGCCAGGAUAGGAGCUACUUAUACCUUUUGGCCAUGGGGUGGAACAUUGUGUACCAAUUCAGGAAGGCCCAAACCGAGAUUGACCGAUACUUGAAGAUCAUUCCUCUAAUCACUCUUGUUGAUAAUGCUAGGGUUCGGGAGAGGUUGGAAAUCAUUGAUAGGGAUCAACGUGAAUACACAUUGGAUGAUGAGGAUAGGAAGGUGCAAAAUGUGAUUAUGAGUCGAGAUCCUUCUGUAAAGGACACAGUAGUUUUGAAGAAAACCCUUUCCUGUUCCUAUCCAAAUUUGCCAUUUACUGAGGCAAUUAAGAAAGAAAAUGAAAAACUUCAACUAGAACUUCAAAGAUCCCAAGCUAAUUAUGAUGUGAACCAGUGCGAAAUGAUUCAACAUCUUCUUGAGGUUACUGAAGCUGUUGCUGCAACCUCUGUGCCAGAGAAGGUUUCACCCAAGAAGACGUCAAAGGAAAUGGAUCACAGUUUCUCAGAUCUCAAUAAUGAUAAUGAACAUUAUGGUGAAAGAUAUACUAAGAGUGUCGACAAACACCCACCUUCAAGAAAUACUUCAUCAGUUUCCUCCAAACAUGAUUUACUAGAUUCCCAAGGAUCACAUCAACAUGAAGAAUGGCAUUCGGACUUACUUGGCUGCUGUUCAGAACCUCUUCUAUGCAUAAAAACUUUCUUCUUUCCUUGUUGGACAUUUUCAAGAGUUGCAACUGUGGCAACUAGCAGGCACGUGUCUUCAUCAGAAGCCUGCAAUGAGAUGAUGGCUUAUUCCUUGAUAUUGUCCUGCUGUUGCUAUACUUGUUGCAUCAGGCAAAAACUUCGGAAACAGUUAAACAUUGCGGGUGGUUUAUGUGAUGAUUUUCUUUCGCACUUAAUGUGCUGUUGCUGCGCCCUUGUCCAAGAAUAUCGAGAAGUGAAGAUUCGCGGUAUACAUGGUUUUGAGAAGACGAAAACAAGUCCUCCAGCAUCCCAAUACAUGGAAUCCUAAGUGAUAUGACAGAAGAUGAUGGUUGGUCCCUUGGAGAUUAAACAUAUAGAGGUUUUAUGUAGGGGUAAUGGCCGGUCACCAUUGUUUCAUACCACCAAAGAUUGUGACUCUGAGUCAUUAACCUACCUUUCUGUAAUCAGAUUUCGACAUUUUACUGGUUGUAGCAUGUGCAUGGUAGUGGUUGCUUUAUGUGGUAUAUUUUGAUCAACUCGAUUUUGUAUCUUUCUCUAUCUCUUUAGUAACUGUGUUCAUUUGCCCCGAUACUUAAUUGUGCAUUUCUUCAUGUCUUUUCUUGGCCGUUGUA